AUGGGUAAUAGUUGUGCGUCGUCUGAUCAUCGGAUAAUCAGGAGGUGCGGGCGGAGCGUGAAUUCGCCGAGUGCCGGAGUAGCGGUGGUGGUUAAGCUGGACGGGAAACCGGAAGAGUUCCGGGAGGCGGUGAGAGCCGGCGACAUCCUUUCGGAGAACGAAAACUGCUUCCUUUGCAGCUCGGAGGCAAUGGACGUGGACUCGCCGGUAGCGCGUUUGGGGGACGAGGAGGAGCUGCAGCUGGGGCAGCUUUACUUCCUCCUCCCGAUGUCCAAGUCGCACGUGCCGCUCUCUCUUCACGACAUGUGCGAUUUAGCCAUCAAGGCCAGCGCCGCCCUUAAUGACUGUACGGCAAUGAACCCCGUGAGAGAAGGCAAAGGCCGGCGGCGGCACGUGAAUAAGGUGUUCUCCGCCCGAGCUCUGGUGGCCGCCGAUGCGUCGUUGGGGUGGAUGAUUAAAUUGCUGAUGGUCACCAAAAGGUUGACUUCAAUCCUCUUUGAACAGAGGUCGUGA